UUUGCGUAUACGAAGAAAUCAACUGCUCAACAGCUUCUAGCCAACUCUCUCGGUUACUUACAAAAUUAUGUGAAUGAUCCGGCAAUAAGGAGCCUAGCACAGGAAAAAAGAAAGGACCUAAAGGAAAGUCAAUAUGCUAUCGAAUACUGGCAAGGAAUUGAGAGAAAAGAAGCUGAACAAAAAGUUAAGGCUGCGGCAAAAAUAUCAGAGUUGCAUAUCGAGGCAACAUUACAUAAAGAUACUAUCCACCAUUCUAGUGCAGUAUCAAAUCUGACUAGAAACAAACUCACCGCAUUAAAUAAACAACCAAACACCAAUGUUGAUUCUGAAAAUAACCUCUUCAUUGUAACUGAGAAUCUCAAACCUAUUGAUUCUCACACAACACCAUCAUCACAUACCGAUUCUGAAGAUUUAGAACAUAACCCCUUCAUUAUAACAAAAGAGCAGAAAGAAGGCCCCGAACCUACUGAUUCUUUCACGCCAUUAAAUUUUCUUAAACAACAAAUUCUUCAGAAUUUAUACAAAAAAUGUCAAAAAACAAAAUCGAAAACGAAAAUAUCGCUUGAUUACGGUAUUAUUGACCUCAAUGACGAUUUUGUUUUGGAAGGUCUAGGCGAACCAAUAAUACAAGAUUAUAAACCUAAGAAAAACAUAUCUAAAGAAAUUGCAAAUUGUUUGAAAAAAUUUAAUGUUACAUCCUUAAAAGACCUUGGAAAGACCCUCUCAGAAGUCCAUAUUGAUUAUAAUAAUCUGGAUCGUGACAUUUUUUAUUUACAUCGUCUCUUUCAAAAAUUUUUUCUAUUAUUUCAAGAUAAUGGUUCAUUAAACCUUGAUAGCUUCGAGCUACAGGAAGAGUGGUAUAAUAGUCACAUUGUGGCUCCAAUUUUCGAUGAAUGUCUUGAAUCAGUUAAUGAAUGGAUUCUUCGACGAAGUGAAGUUAAGAGUUAUGCACAAAAAUUCCUUGACCGAACAUCAUGGAAAAGAAAAAAAUAUGAUGGAAUUCUGUCAUUUAAGAAUGAUUUGUCAAAGUUGCAUCAAGCCAUUAUUCUUAUGUUUAAAUUGAUGGUGUCUACUCUUUCAGAAAAAAUGUUAGAAGAGAUAUCAUUCAUACCUGUCUUUUGUGUGCAAUUCAGCAGAGCAAGUGCCGAGGUAUAUCUAGCUAAUUGGCCAAAAAAUAUGCGACCAAUAGUUUUUUCAAUCAUGAAAUUUGAUAUACCUGAAGAAGUAACAGCGUUGCCCAAAUUGACAAAGGUGGCUGCAAAGAUGUUAUCAUUGCGGUCUUAUAUUCAAAACUUAAAUAACAAAUAUCAAGUCUUGUUAAUGAAAAUGGCUGAUUAUUAUUUAAAUGAAGAUAAUGACUGGGAUUCACCAAUUAAAUUGAAAGCUUAUUGUUAG